AUGAAGACACGACUAGAAGACGUUGAAGCGUACGCUCUGUAUCACAAAGUCGGAUUGAGCAGAGCGGGUUAUAAAGAAGUGCGUACCAUUCUAAACGAGCGCCACGUUCCGAAUCCUUUCCCAUCACUCCGAUCCAUCCGUCAUGAAGAGAAAUUGCACGCUUCCAGGAAUCUCUUCAGAGUCGAACGAAUCCAGAAGUCUGAUGGAGGAAAAACGAAGGAUGUCGUGGUUGUACAGAUUGUAGAUCUGGAAAAGUUCUUGGUUGAAAAAUUAGAAAAUCUGGCUCAAAAAGAUAAACUGAUUUUUGAUGAAUCUACAGGGAACAAUAUUUGGAUGUGUAUUAGUGGUGAUAAGGGAGGAGGAGAGUUCAAACUCUGCGCAACUAUCGGAAACGUUGUUGCACCGAACAGUGCUUACCACAUUGUCCCUCUUGGCAUGUUCACCGAUGACGAGAGAGUUGAAGCUAUCAAGGAGUAUCUUGCAGAUACCAUCGAGCAACUCAAUAACUUGACAGGGCUCAAGCUCAACAUCGGCGGAGUGAUUAAAUCUUAUCCGGUCGAACAGUAUUUAGCCGGAGACCUCAAAUUUCAAUAUCAGAUGAUUGGCCACAAAGGUGCAGCAGCCAAGAAAAGUUGCAUGCACUGCUUCAGCGACGGAAGAGUGAAAAUCGGUUCAAAUGAAAGAGGACGAUGUUUGAAGGCUAGAACUGAAACGGAUUAUUUGUUGGACAGUGCCAACGAGAAAAACACUAACAGUGUUAUUCCAGGAUCAUCAUUCGUUUUCAAUAAUGUACGACUUGCAAAUAUCGUUCCCCCUUCGUUACACAUCCUUAUGGGAGAAGCUCAUCGGUACGGGUUCAAGUUUCUUCUCGACUUGGCUAUGGAUAUCGACAACAAGUCCACUAUGAAAAUCGAUAAGAGCAAAAAAGAAAGCGAUGAGAAAUGCAAAAGGGGACAUGAACGUGAAGGAAAAAGAGUAUAA